UCUCGCGAGAUCAUAUCCUGCCGGGAGAACGGGAUUGCACAUGCGCCCUCUUUUCCCCACAAAACCGUCAAAGAUGCCAGGAGGGGGUUGCACAGUCAAAGACGUGGACCAAGGCGAGUUUGUCAAGGCCCUAGCGGCCUUCUUCAAGUCCGGCGGCAAGAUGAAGGUGCCGGACUGGGUGGACCUGGUCAAGCUGGGCAAACACAAGGAGCUGGCGCCAACUGAUCAGGACUGGUUCUACACCAGAGCUGCUUCGACUGCCAGACAUUUGUACUUCCGCGGAGGAGUUGGUGUGAACGCUAUGAGGAAAAUCUACGGAGGUCGCAAGCGACGUGGCACCAGACCGAGCCACUUCUGCAAGGGGUCAGGGUCCGUGGCCCGUAAGGUCCUACAGGCUCUGGAAGGAGUCAACAUCGUCAAGCGCGAGGGUAACAGUGGAUGUCGUUUGACCAGCCAGGGAAUCAAGCAUAUGGACCAUAUUGCUGCCCAGGUGUUGAGCAAGGCAAAGGGAACUUCACCGUAGACGCACAACAGGGUCGUGGCCUGAGUGACCUCAGCCAACAUCGUCCUCUUUGAGCGUGAAGACAUACAGACCGCAGAUUAUAGUUGACAAACCUUAGAACAUAAAUGCCAGUAUUGACCAAUUCGCUGACGCCAUUACUGCGGUGUCCCCCGUCCCUCAGGCGCGCAUUCCUUGGCUUGACAAGCAGGUGAUUUGGGUCAGCAGUGUGCUCCCAUUGGCUGAUGAGGAGGCAUUCAAUGUGCACCCCUUUGUUCAUGUGAGUGGAGAAACCGCAGUAAUGGCUCCUGAUUCUUGUCACCGGAUCGGUCUAUGCGUACAUCAGUAACCAUUUGUCGUACAUACGCCUUGUAGACAGCAUGUUAUGGGCAAUCAGUAUUGAAAUCUUCUUUAAUUUCACUCACUUUGUUUCUGCGAUUCCACAAAUACCUGCUCAGAUUUUCUCGAUUGGGUCCAAGCUAAAGCCAUUUUUAAACGCAAGGUCUUGAGAUUUUGGAAAUAUUGCCCUUGAAUAAAGCAGCACUGAUAGUGAGGUACAAUUUA